CAUAUCCAGGUUCUUAAAACUAUAUAGCUAUUUAGUUAGGAUUUUCGGUUUUACUUGCAGAUGUAACACGCUAAACUGCUCUGACUAACCAUCGCAUAACUGCUGUUUUCACUGCCUACUUUGUUUUGAAAAUCUCACCACCGGAACCCUUCGUGAAAGGCACUGUAUUGACAGUCAAGCACUCACUCACGGCAUAUCAGCUGUAUCAGCGAGAGGAGUACUGACCUAAUUUGGAGAGCAGGGGACAACAAGAGACUACACAUCGGAACGAGCAGCUGAAGAGAAAGUCUACCAUUUUCUGUUUGUCUGGAGGAAGCUGUGCGUGGGACAGAGAAAAGCUACAUCAGCCUGUCUGCGGAGAAGCCGAUGCAGAGCUGACUGCUCCUGCUGAGAGAGGAAGAGGAGGAAGAAACAAGUCAAAGGGAGAGAAUUUGCCAGAUGUAAGAGGAGGAGAGAGAGAGAAGGAGAAAGAGAGAGGGCGGGCGAGCGAGGGUUUCGGUGACAGAGAUCAUUGUUCUGGAACAAACCCCUCAUGGGUGAACUGGCCAUUAAAAAGUCAGUAAUGGCCAAGCUGUCAUCAGCCCAGGUGACCGUGUGCACCUGAGCGUUACUGCUGCAACACAGUGAAAGUCACCACGUGCCUCAGGGCAGCUGCUGCAUGUUUUUUUGUUUUUUUUUGUUUUUUUUUUAAAUCCACGCUGUCCAGGCUGCCGGAUCCUAACUGAAUCCUGCCCAUUUUCUGCACUGGAUCAUUUUCACCUGGAGCUUUUUCCCCUUUUGGGCGUUCACCAGGGAGAGAAAAAUAAGCAAAAGCGGGAUACGGAGCAGUUUGGAUAUUUGGACAGACUGAGCCGGUGACUACAGCAGAGAAAGAGACUGCUCGGUGCUCCAGUGUCACGUGCAGGAAUGCAGAUUUGAAUAAGGAAUCAGACCAGCAAUACAGCCUAGUGUUGGAGCAGCUGAGCCUGUGAAGGCCCCUGAGGCGGCCAUGUUGGAUCUCUUCGUCAGAGUGCUGGUGUUGGCCCGUCUUCACCUGUCACCUCACAGCACCUUGCUGCCAACCUAACUCCUCACUCCUUUCUUCCUUCACCUUUCUUCCACUGCUGGAUUGGGGGAAAAGGUCCUUGUAGAAAAUGUCCUAUGCACACCACAAGCUGCUCACCUGGUGUUUACCUCACCUCCUCCUCCUACCGCUGACCUACCUCUGGCUCCUGGCUCUUCCCACAGGUGUGUCAGCAAAUCACUGCCGGGUCACCGGUGGAGUUCUGGGCAUCCAUUGGAGCAGCAUCAUAAGCCUGGGCUGGUACCCUCUGGCAGAUGGGAGAGCCGGAGCGAGGUGUUGGGAGUUCUGCUGCCUGGAGCCAAAGUGCAAUGCUGUUUGGAGUCUCGGCGGUCGCUGUGUGUUUCUUAGCUGCUCGCGUGAAGGAGGCUGCCCCAUCUCCAUCCUGCCUCAGCCCCACGAGGAGUCCCUCGGUCUCCUGCAGCUGCUCUCCAAGGUCCCUGUCAGUGUGAGGCGGAGAGCGAUUCGCCGUGCACCACCUACAGGAAGCCACAGAAUACACAAAAGACUCCAUAUCCGCUCGGGAAGCUCCAACACAGAUGCAGCUCAGCCAACAUCAGCAGCACCCAGCACCAUCGCUUUCAUCCAAGUCACCCAAAAGAACAUCAGCCAGAUAAUGAACGGGAGUUCAGGCAUGCCUCCUGCUCCGUCGCUGCAGAACUCAACAAUCAACGGCGCCGUUGAUGCUGCUGCGCCGUCUUCCAAUGACAGCGAUGUCAGCACGCCCACAGCAGCUUCUUCGACCAUCAACACAACCCCGACACAGCCCGUGAGGGAGCUGGUGGUAUCAGCAGGAGAGAGUGUGGAGGUAACGCUGCCCCGCAGUGAGGUCGAACUUAACGCCUUUGUGGUCCCAACGCCCCCAAAUGGGACAAACUAUGCAUUUGACUGGCGUCUAAAAACUCAUCCCAAAGAUUACAGCGGGGAGAUGGAGGGGAAGCACAGCAAAACUCUGAAACUCAGCAAGCUGACCGUGGGCCUGUACGAGUUUGAGGUGACAGUGGAUGGGGAGGGCGCCCACGGAGAAGGUUACGUUAAUGUUACAGUCAAACCAGAGCCACGGGUAAACAAGCCUCCUGUUGCCGUAGUUUCCCCAAAGUUCCAGGAGAUCUCCUUGCCAACCAGCUCUACGGUGAUAGACGGCAGCCAGAGCACUGAUGAUGACAAGGUGGUGGCGUGGCACUGGGAAGAGGUCAAAGGCCCUCUGAGGGAGGAGAAGGUCUCUGCUGACACCCCCGUACUCACCCUCACCAGCCUUGUGCCUGGGAACUACACAUUUAGUUUGACAGUAACUGACUCAGACGGCGCUACAAACUCGACGCAGGCCACGCUCUCCGUCAACAAAGCCAAGGACUAUCGACCUGUGGCCAACGCUGGCCCAAACCAGGUCAUCCAGUUACCACGCAACUCCAUCACUCUGAAUGGCAACCAAAGCACUGACGACCACGAUUCCCUGUCCUAUGAGUGGUCCCUCAGCCCAGAGAGCAAAGACAAAGUGGUGGAGAUGCAGGGUGUACGGACACCCAUCCUACAGUUGUCGGCAAUGCAAGAGGGAGACUACACCUUCCAGCUGACUGUGACGGACUCAGCUGGACAACAGGACACUUCUCAGGUCACCGUCAUCGUGCAGCCAGAAAAUAAUAAACCACCAGUAGCAGAUGCGGGACCUGAGAAAGAGCUGACGCUGCCAAUGGAUCACACCACACUGUAUGGCAAUAAGAGCCACGAUGACCAGAAGAUAGCCACCUAUCACUGGACAAAGACCAGUGGUCCCGAUGGUGUGAAGAUUGAAAAUGCAGACAGCGCCGUUGCCACGGUGACAGGUCUCAAGGUCGGCACAUACGAGUUUACCCUGACAGUAACUGAUGAUAGGAAGCUGGAGAGCAGCGACACUGUCAUGGUCAUCGUUAAGGAAGAAAAGGACCAACCGCCAGUGGCUCAUGUUGUGUCGAGUCCACCCAUCUCUCUGCCUGUCAGGACUGCCACUUUGGAUGGAUCUCAGUCCACUGAUGACAAAGGUGGACUCAGCUACCUGUGGACCAGAGAAGACACCAGUCCGGCUGCUGGGGAUGUCCUGAACAACUCCGACCACCAGGCAGUGCUGUUUCUUGGAAACCUGGUGGAGGGCAAAUACAGCUUCAUCCUGACUGUAACUGACAGCAAAGGACAAAGCAGCAAGGGGAGGGGCACAGUGGAGGUCAAACCAGACGUGCGGGAGCGUGACCUGGUGGAACUGGUGUUGGAGGUCUCCGUAUCGCAGGUGUCCCAACGUCAGCGCGACAUGCUGCUGCGACAGGUUGGGGUUUUACUGGGUGUGCUCGACAGCGACAUCAUUGUGCGAGAGAUCAGUGCGUUUAAUGAGCACAGUACUCGUUUGGUCUUCCUGGUGUCCGGCGGCCCAGGGCGCCCUCCGCUGUCUGGCCGUAAUGUUGCACUCGGCCUGCGCAACAAACUGCGUAAACAGAAGAAUGACUUCCUCAUCUUCAAGGCCCGACGAGUGGAUACAGUCAUCUGCCAGCUGAACUGCUCCGGCCACGGCGAGUGUGACUCAUUCACACGGCGCUGCGUCUGUCAGCCUUUCUGGAUGGAGAAUUUUAUCAGAGCUCAGUUCGGAGACGCAGAGAGCAACUGUGAGUGGAGCGUGCUCUAUGUGACGAUAGCAUCCUUUAUGAUUGUGGUUGCUGCGGCAACAUUUGUAUGGGGGAUAGUUUGUUGCUGCAAAAGGCGUAAGAGCAAAGUGCGCAGGAGUAAAAGUCGAUACAAAAUGCUAGAAGCUGACGAGCAGGACUGUUUGGAGCUGCAACUGCCAAGAGCUGCACGCCUGAAGCCUGUUCCCGCUCCCACUUCCUCUGCCCUCAUGCACUCGGACUCUGACCUGGACAGUGACGAAGGGCAGGGCGGGAUCCCGUGGACGGAUCAGGAGCGCGGGCAGCUUCUGAGGCCUCAGAACGGCUCCCUGAGGAACGGCCAGGGGCCGGUGAGGGCCAAGAAGCAGAGAGAGGAGCGGCUAUAGCAAGAGAGGAGGGGGGAGCUCACAGCUGCCCUCACACAGCUCUUCCCCUUCACGCCUCCUCUUUCCCCUUCGUUGGUCUUCAACACAAAAACCUCACACUUCUCCUCCGUGAAGACAAACUGGGAAAUAGCCGAGUUGGAAGAGGGAGAGAGGAGGAGAUGCUGGAACCGUGUUGUCACACUGUCACAGAAAAAACACCACGAUACUGAAGCUUCCCUGCACCCACACUGAGCCAGAACGACGUGAAAAAGAAACUGCCAUUACACUGAGAACCAGGGGUGAGCACUGUGUUUUGAAUGAUAUAAAAUAUUAAUUAGACCCCUAUUAUUUAACACAGAGACAUAAAGAAUGUAGUGCUGCCCCUCUCCUGCUGCUGGUUUAUAAAGGUUGGGAGACUGUGUGAGAGGAAGUAACUCGAGUGACUUUUUAAGAUGAGGAAAAACAAAACUGCUUCAGUGACACGAAAACCAGCCACCUGACACGCUCACACCUUGCCUCUUGUAGACACGCAUGUACAAACACGUUGUAUUCACGCCGUUUCAGGUCGACCUGAUGCUACCAAACACUGCCAUUUUUAAAUUAAUGGUUAACUUUGCUCUGAUUGUUUCUGUUCAUCUGAAGCAGGACGGAGAGGAAAAAAAAACAACAACAACAACAACAACAACCAAAACUGAUCUGAGCUGCCAACGGCUUGGAGAAACCACCUCAGAAAAUAUUUUAAAUAAUUUAUGUGCAUGAAGAGCGACAGAUUGCAGCUCUGGUACAACCUGAUACGAUUGGCUGCAUGUUUGUAUGUCAGGUGUAUGUGUGGAUUUCUGUGGCUGCUGUGCCAAAAGAUGUUUCCUCAGAGCAGUUUGUAUGCUUUUUUUUUUUCUUUCUUUUUUUUAUGUUUUUUAUGAACCCACAGAAGAGUCACAGUGUUGUCAGGUUUUAUUCUGAAGGCUUCUCUGUGGAUUAAAUUACUGGAGUACACAACUGUAACAAAGGUGGUCUCAGCAGGGAAGGCAGUUGGGAGAAAGAUGAAGAACAGGAGAUGGAAGGACGGAACGCUGCUUCCUCAUCACCCUGAAGCCCUGAAGACCACAGAGUUUUUGUUACUGUUUUUACAAACAACCUUUUGGCUGUGAUUAGACAUGGAUGCACUUUGAUUUUAAUGUCUGCUGUCUCACUUUGUCUCUUGUUGGUUUAAAAAAAAAAAAGGGAGAGGGUUUGUAUGUGACGGUUGAAAGUUGGGAGGUUCAGCCAUAAACGCAGGAGGAAGAACGUCCAUCAAAGUUAUCCAGUGAAGAAAGAUAAUCAGACAGUGUUAACAAUUUUAAGUUCAUUCAGUCUGUGGUCAUAUCGCUGAGAUAUUUCUCAUAAAGAGCCAGAGGAGGCACAGCACUGGGAUAUGGACAGAAGUCAGUAAUGUAAUUCUCCAUGUUUUAGGGUGUGUAUUUUAUUUUAUUUUAUUUUAUUUUUUAAUCCUGGGAAUAAUUUUGCAGUUUCUGUGAGAUUAUAGCAGCCAGUCGUGUUUUAUUUGCUUCUAAAGAGGACAAGCAUGCCUUUUUUACUGUUCCUUUUUUAACAAACUGAAUGUUUAAAUCCAUCAAAAAGCCAAGUCACAAUUCACAAUAUCGUUUUUCUGGAUUUAAUGGUAUUCAUCCUCUUCGGUCUGACCAUUAAAAGAUCUUCUUUUAAAGUGAUUUUGAUGUUAUGAAGUUGGAGUAAAAGUCCACAGGCCCUGUGCUGUGCAAAAACACAGAUCAGUGUUUUUUAGCAAGGUUAAAAAAGUUAAAUCAGUUUAUUUCUUUCAAAGUUUAAAUUUUUUAAUUAUAGUCAACUCUGUGUUUUUUGAACAGUGUCAUUAUUAGGCAUACAGAAACAUUAAGGGUUUGUACUAUAAUGGUUGUAAAAUUAAGAUAUCUUAAAGUUGAUGGAGGGUUAAAUUUGGAUGGGAGCUGCAGAUUUCAAGCUGACUCGAAUGUGAGGAAAAUCUUUGAAACGGUUGAUCAGAAAAGUUAAAAUAGGUUUUCUAUUUUCGAAUGUAAACUUCAUUUAAGUAUAGGAGUGAGCUGCGCAUCCGAUCGGAGAUAAAACUGUACUAAAUCCCGAAAACAAAUUAUUUCUUCCCACGGACAGGACAUGAGCAGGAGGUUAAUCUGAAGGAUGUUUGCGUACGCUUUGAGCAGAUUACCAGAAAUAAACCACAAACGGGGCCCAGCAGGAAGGCUUUGUUUGUUCAUCAGCAGUAAUCUGAGGUGUUUCUCGGCUGGACCGUACCGACAGACAAACUUUAGCAGAACGACUCUCCCAAUGUAUCAUCUCACAGUGUGAUUGCUUUGCAUGCAGAAUGUGAAACUGACCCCUGUAUGUCCUCAUCUGGAGGCACACUUUUCUAUGUUUGUUGCUGAAUGUUAAAAGGGUACAUCAUUGAUUCAGUUCAGCUUGUACUCUGUGCGAAAUAAGCUGGGGUUUGUUUUGUUUUUUUCUCAAAUUACUGCAAAAAGUCAUCUCUUGCCGAUGUUGGAUCUGCUGCACUAAAUGUGUUUUAUUCGCACUUGCUGAAUUUAUCGGGCCAUCUUUUUUUGCCCUCCUGUGGGAGGCAAAUUAAAAUCAAGCACACCCAAGUGCCAACAACAUCAAACCACUGAAAUAAUCUCAUAUUGUCUUCAUGUUUUGUUUUUUCUUUUUUUUCUUUUUUUAGCCAAAUUGUUCUGAUGGACUCAUCUUUUUUUGGUCUCCCAAAGCUCCUUUUACAGUUAAAAGGAGGACACAAAAAUGUUGCAUUUCUUCUGUUACGUUUGGGAUUUGUUUAGAUGCAAGUGAACUGACCUCGACUCCAAGAGUCCACUGUGAAGGCAGAGAUAAAUGAGGAGAAACUGUUAAAUGAAAGGGGUGUAAUUGUUUGUUUUUGUUUGUUUGUUUGUUUUUUGUUUUUAGUAUUUUAAUAUUAAUAAAGUUUUAGUGAAGGAUGACCCCUUUUGUUCUGUGAUCCUGCUGAUGCAACUGGAUAAUGUGUAAAUUAAAAUUAAAAAACAAAAAAACAG